UAUUUAUUUGUUCCAUCGUACACUUGUAUCUUCUUCUCCUCUUCCUCUCUCUCUCUCUCAGGUAAUUUGGGUCGAAUCCAAUCAAAAGCACGAAACGCUUUGUGCACCCAAUUAAUUCAUAGGCUUGUCUGAGGGUAGUUAGACGACAUGACGACUGCAGCUAGACCUACAUGGGCACCUGCUAAGGGCGGUAGCGAACAGGGUGGGACUCGGAUUUUCGGCCCAUCUCAGAAAUACUCUUCUAGAGAUAUUGCAUCACAUACCACCUUGAAGCCCAGAAGGGAAGGCCAAGACACUCAGGAUGAGUUGCAGAAGAGGAACCUCCGUGAGGAACUGGAACAGCGUGAAUCAAGGCACUUCUCUUCAAAAAAUAAGGGUUAUAGUGAUGACAGGGAUCAUAGAAAGAGUAGCCAACUCCUUUUAGAAGGUUCUAAAAGAGAGAUUGAAGAUCGAAUUGUUCCACGUAGUGCAGAUGCUGACGACGUAGAUGUGGAUGCCAAAAGUGAUGAUGAGAGUGAGGAUGAUGAUGAUGAUGAUAAUGAGGAUGACAUGGAAGCUCUCAUGGCUGAGCUUGAUCAAAUAAGGAAAGAAAGAGCAGAGGAGAAAGUCCGUAAAGAACGGCAAGAGCAAGAAGAAGAGCUCAAAGCAAAGGAAGGAGAACUCUUGAGAGGAAAUCCGCUGUUAAACCAGCCAACAUCCUUUAAUGUGAAGAGAAGGUGGGAUGAUGAUGUGGUUUUCAAGAACCAGGCUAGAGGAGAAGCAAAAGUUGCCAAGCGUUUUAUCAAUGACACCAUUCGAAAUGACUUCCAUAGGAAAUUUCUGCAUAAAUAUAUGAAGUGAUAGUCAUUGGAUGCCCUCCCUGCCUGUACCAUUAACUAGUGAGAAAUGAAUGGGAUGAAUUGACCUUGUGGGCAGACUAUUUUACAAUUCCUUGUCUAAUAUUGCUGUGUGGUGUUGGGUAUUGUAUAACUAGAGCUUCAUUAUGUUGGUCAUCAACCUUGAAAACAUUAUCACAAGUGUAUUGUUGACUUGAAAAACAGGCUAUUUAUUGUUGGUUUGCUUAAAACAGUUGCAUUUUAAGUCACCAUUACCAUUCA